AUGUCAUUGAAAUUACCACAAGCACCUAAUUCAGGAUUAUUCAAAAGCGGGUAUUCAUCUUACUCAAAUGCAGAUGGUGCAAUUAUAAGAAAUGUUGAAGCAGUUAGAGAAAUUGCAUCAAUAUUAUUAACAUCAAUGGGACCAAGUGGUAGGAACAAAAUCAUAGUAAAUAAAUUAGGUAAAAAAUUUAUAACAAAUGAUGCAGCAACUAUGUUGAAUGAAUUGGAGAUUGUUCAUCCAGUAGUUAAAAUCUUAAUCAUGGCAUCAAAACAGCAAGAAUUUGAAAUGGGUGAUAAUACAAAUUUAGUUAUAAUAUUAACUGGAGAAUUUUUAAAUAUUGCUGAAAAAUUACUUAUAUUAGGUUUAAAUGUUUCAGAAAUUAUUCAAGGUUUUAAUUUAGCUAAUAAAUUUGUAAUGGAAACUUUAAAAAAUUUAGUAGUUGAUAAAGUUGAGAAUUUCGAAAAUGAUUUAUUAAAAGCUAUAAAGCCAGUCAUAUCUGCAAAACAAUUUGGAGUUGAAGAUAUUAUUUCAAAGUUGGUGGUUGAUGCUGUAAAAUUGAUAAUAAAUCCUAAGAAUCCUUUAAGUUUUAAUGUUGAUGGUAUAAGAGUUGUAAAAAUUAUGGGUUCUUCAUUAUCACAAUCACAGGUUGUUAAAGGUAUGGUUUUCCCAAGAGAACCUGAAGGUUCAACAAAACAUGCUAACGAUUCAAAAGUAGUUGUAUUCACGUGUCCAAUUGAUAUCUCAACCACAGAAACUAAGGGGACUGUAUUAUUACAUAAUGCUCAAGAAAUGCUUGAUUUCACAAAGGGAGAAGAACAACAAUUGGAUCAAAUGUGCAAAGAAAUAAAUGAUUCAGGUGUUAAAGUAGUUGUAGCAGGUUCAAACGUUGGAGAAUUAGCAUUACAUUAUUUAAAUAAAUAUGGGAUAUUAGUAUUAAAAGUUCCAUCCAAAUUUGAUUUAAGAAGAAUUUGUCAAGUAUGUGGAGCAACUCCAUUACCAAGAUUAGGUGCACCAAUGCCUGAAGAAAUGGGUGAAAUUGAUGUUGUUGAAACUAAAGAAAUAGGUGGUGAUAGAGUAACAAUUUUUAAACAAACUAAUUCAAGUUCAAGAACUGCAACUAUAGUAAUAAGAGGUGCUACACAAAAUAAUUUAGAUGAUAUUGAAAGGGCAAUAGAUGAUGGAGUAAGUGCUAUAAAGGGUUUAUUGAAAGAUCCAAGAUUAUUACCUGGAGCUGGAGCAGUUGAAAUAGAAUUAAUGAAACGUAUAACUCAAUAUGGAGAAACAACUCCUGGUUUAUUACAACUAGCUAUCAAGAAUUUUGCAAAAGCAUUUGAAGUUGUACCAAGAGUAUUAGCAGAAACUUCCGGUUUUGAUUCUUCAGAAAUUAUAAGUAAAUUACAUGCUGCACAUUCAGAAGAUGAUGGUUUAAAAAAAGGUUUAGAUAUAGAAACUGGUGAAAUAAAAGAUACUGAUAUUUAUGAUAUAUAUGAAACUAAAAAAUCAGCAAUAGAUUUAGCUGUUGAAGCAACAAAUACUAUAUUAUCAAUAGAUCAAAUUAUAAUGGCUAAAAGAGCAGGAGGUCCAGUGAUGCCAAAGCAACCAAGACCUGGUAAUUGGGAUCAAGAUGAUUAA